ACAUUAACUUGGCGCGUCUGCAACUCCUACUUAAGUUGAUAUCUGCGCCCCUUUUAUUCACUAUAUAUCUUCUAUAUGUACACCUUCUCAUACUCCCACUCAAUUUCCCACUAAAAUUAUCAUAGAUAAUUAGAUAAUUAAUCAAUUAGCUACAUGGCAUCCACCGAGAAGGCGGCCGACCCCGAGGCGGCCAAGGAAGGACACCCGCUGAAGCCUGAGGCGCGUCCCCCUCCACCUCCGCCUUCGAGGUCACUGGUAGAUGUGUUUGCGACAGUUGACGUGGGGCUGAGGGUGGUGCUGUUUGCCUCGACCCUAACUGCAGUGCUGGUGAUGGUCACGGGCAAGCAGACGGAACUUUCUGGCGUGCCAAUCCCUGUCCCAGUCGAGGCCAAGUUCAACAACUCCCCGGCUUUCAUAUACUUUGUGGUGGCAUUAUCAGUGGCCUGCCUCUACAGCAUCAUCACAAUACUUGCUUCCAUAUCAGUGAUACUGAAGCCAGCUUUUUCCUUGAGUUUCAUCCUCUUCUUUGUCAUCUGGGAUGUGGUCAUGCUAGGGCUGGUGGCCUCGGCAACAGGAACUGCGGGCGGAGUGGCAUAUAUCGGACAUAAGGGCAACAGCCACACGAAAUGGAUGAAGAUUUGCAACGUCUAUGACAAGUUCUGCCAGCACUUGGCGGGGUCCAUUGCCGUCUCCCUCUUUGCUUCAAUUGUGCUCGUCUUGCUCAUCAUCUUCUCUGUGUUCUUCCUACACAAGAAGAUCCCGAAGUAGAGGAAAAGCAGUUCGUCUCUGGUGUUUUGGCCCUUCCGCAGUGCAUGCUGUCUUUGCUCCUAUAUACGACUAGAAAGUUAAUUAUAAUUGUCUGUUGUAAUAUGUCUGUUCCAUUUGUGUAAAGAACAUAGGAAAACUGCUAUGUCUUCAUUGAAAUAGUUCUUCGCGAUCGUGCUUUUGAGAAGGGGCUGGUAUUUCAUCGGAUUUUGAUGACUCAGUCGAGUUUAGUUGAUCAUGGCCAUUGGUGACAA